AAGAAAACCCCAAUCGGGUAAACUCGCUGUACCGCCAUCUGAAGACAGCGGACACACACGUCAUUAUCACAAAACGUCAGGCCCAUUUCCGUCAUUUGAUUCACCUUCUUCCUCGAACUCCCACCAUCACCAUUCACACCCUCACUGCCACUCUCUCUCUCCUCACCAGUCCUCCAUCACUCUCUCUCUCUUCUCGCAAUUGCAACUCUAACUUCUGCAGCUGCUGCUAAUACUUCCUCUCUGUAAAAAGCCCAAAAAUGGGUAGCCGAAUCCCAUCUCACCAGCUCAGCAGCGGGCUGGUAGUGUCGGGCCGACCCGAGCAGCUAAAAGAGCGCCAACCGACAAUGGCAUCACGCGCCGUCCCAUACACUGGUGGUGAUGUGAAGAAAUCUGGAGAGCUAGGCAAAAUGUUCGACAUACAAAUUGCCGAUCAUCCUCUUUCUGCCCCAUCCAGCGGACCUCCUCCUCCUUCCAAGCUCUCAGGCUCACGCCCUUCCUCCUCCUCCCAACAUAACAGCGGAUCCGUCCGAUCGGGGCCCAAUUCCGGUCAGAUUUCUAAGAAAUCCUCCGGCCCCUUGACUCCACAGCUCCAGGUAACUGGCCUUAUCACCUCCGGCCCAUUGGGCUCGGGUCCACUAAGCUCCGGGCCCAGGAGGUCGUCCGGCCAGCUGGAACAGACGGGGUCGAUGAGCAAAAGCAAAGUGGUUUAUGGGUCGGCGGUUACCACCUUAACCGACGAGGUCAAGGUGGGGUUUCGUGUGUCGAAGGUUGCGGUGUGGGUGUUCAUGGUGGUGGCGGCGAUGGGGUUGCUAGUGGGUGGGUUUCUGAUGGUGGCCGUCAAGAAAUGGGUGAUUCUGGUGGCGGUGGCGCUCUUUCUGUUGCCAGUGUUGGUGGUUAUUGUCUGGAAUUUCGCGUGGCGAAGAAGAGGGCUGCUAGGGUUUGUGAGGAGGUACCCAGAUGCUGAGCUCAGAGGUGCCAUUGACGGACAGUACGUCAAGGUUACAGGGGUUGUUACCUGUGGCAGUAUUCCUUUGGAAUCAUCCUACCAAAGGGUACCUAGGUGUGUAUAUGUUUCCACCGAGUUGUGUGAAUCUAAAGGAUGCUGUGUGCGCAAGUCCGAGAAUAAAAAAUCUAGACAUUCAGAGAAAUAUGUAUCUGACUUCUACAUAUCAGACUUCCAAUCGGGUUUAAGAGCAUUAGUGAAAGCUGGCCAUGGAGCCAAGGUUGCCCCAUUCGUAAAACCAGCUACUGUGGUGAACAUGACAAAGGAAAACAAAGAGUUAUCUCCAAGUUUUUUGCGCUGGCUUGGUGAGCGCAACCUGUCUACCGAUGACCGUGUAAUGCGCCUCAAAGAAGGGUAUAUUAAAGAGGGCAGCACUGUAAGUGUGAUGGGGGUUGUCAGACGCCACGAUAAUGUGGUCAUGAUUGUUCCUCCAACGGAGCCUGUGUCAACAGGCUUUCAAUGGUUUCGCUGCCUUCUCCCGACCUAUGUUGAAGGUCUCAUUCUGACGUGCGAUGAUAAUCAGAAUGCUGAUGUGGUUCCUGUGUAGAUAUAUUCAGUUUCAUGAUAGUUGUUUUUAGAAGUGGGAUUUGCAUGUAAAAAUAUGAAAGGCUAAAACCAAAGGAAAAAGCACAUACGACAACCGGCUCUGUUCUUUCCUUUCGUGGUUAAGUGUAUGUAAGCCUAAAGAUGCAGUUCAGAAAGACUGAGGAUAGCUUACUCUGGAUUAAUAUGCUGUGGAGGUGGUAAUGUAAUAGGGCAAAAAGGCCCGACGACCACCCUUUGAAGAAGUUUGUAGAUGAUGGAUGUAACGUCGGAAAUCAGGAUGCUCUGAUUUCGUGUACAUAAGUCAUAGCUUCAUAGAGUGCCCAAAGGGGUGCCUUUCGUCUGAUGCUCGAUUGCAGUACACAAAGUAGUUACUAGGGUUUUCUGUGGUUUCCUUUUUUUUUUUUUUUGGUUAUAAACCGUCUGGCCUCACGUGUAUUUGUAUUUCAUCUUGUAAUGUGUAUUGUUUGUGACAAGAAGGAAAUGUUAAUAUUCUAUUAAGCA